AUGAUAGGGUACGUAAGUAGGAAAAUGAGUACGCUGACGUCGCCCCGUGUGUUGGCAUCAAGUGGAGACUUAUCCAGGCGCAACCGGCCUUGUCCGGAUUUCUCCAGACGCAACGCCACAACACGACAAACUGUCGACUCGGUCGGUAGGAUGAAAAAAGCUCCACCAUCGAAGGGGAAAUUAGACAUUGUGGUCGCAGGAACUUUACUGGAAAAUGAAUUCAUGUUGACAACAAAAAGCGCGCCAAUGGCACCAGACACCACGACAAUGGUCACGACGUCUACAACAACAAUGGCAAACUCUGCAAGUGAAGCGUUAUCCAGGAAAAUAACGUGCAACGAGAAAAUAUCUCCGACAGAAAUGCUCGAAGAAAAAUCUACGCCCGUCUGUCAUUUUGAGAAAACUACACCAAGAACACAUACAGAAAUAUCAGUCCCAACAGAGGCGACAAGAGAAUCAACAGAUACAUGUACACUGACGUCUUUGUCAACAGUAGUAGGGGCAGCGGUAACAACUACAGGGACGACAGAAAAGUCAGACACAGAGCUACCAUGCCCACAUAAAACGGACGAUAUAGACACAGAGUUGCCACGUCCACACAAAAUAGACGUCGACGUCACCAAGGCAAUACUGGAAGCAGCAGUGCCUGGCAGUUUGGUACAACACUUUAUUCACGAGCACCUCGUCUGCAAAAUACACAUGGGGUUCUUCCACAUUCUCGCCCAUAUACCAAGGACACUAACUUGUGGACACACGUUCUGUGAACCCUGUCUCCGUAACGUCGUGCUGGGGGAAGCCGUUAUCGUUUGUCCCGUUUGCGGGAAGUUGACCGGCCUUCCCCCGGGAGGAGUGAACGGGCUACCCGAAGAUUUCUACACCGCAAGUCUCUGUGUUCGUGUGAUCGACUUACUGGAGGAAAACAGUGUAAAGCUUCAGGCGGACAUUCCAUGUAUUGCAGCACAGUCUGAAAACGUGAGUUUUACGACUUUUAACGUCCCUGAAAACCCCGAGUGUGAGUACUCUAACUACGAGGUCGACUCGUUUGUUGUGAUUGACGAAGUCCCGCCGGAACAGAACCCGUCCGACGGCCAGGCUGGCCCCGCCACCGGCGGAGACAACACGCCGUGGUUAACCACUAUUGACGGGGUUCAGACAAACUCCGAGGCCAAACAACCGACCAGAACAUCUACUAAACGGCGAAAACGUGGUCGAAAGAAGAGGUCCGGGUCUCUGGCGAGUCUUCUGGACAAAUUCGUGGGAGAUGUGGACGGGCAUAUGAAGAUUGGGACGCAAAAUCACGUCAUCGACAGCUUCAACAUGCCUUGGGUGUAGCCAGGAGGGUCUGUUGAAAUUGGCGGGAACUUUUGAUACACACAUCGAAUAGCAAAAUAAAUUACAUAAUCGAUAAUGCUAUGUGACAGCACCUGAAUGGUAUACUUAAGAAAAUAUAUCAAAGAAUGUCGAGACGUUAGAAAUUCCUCGAAUGAUUGUGACAGCACAUUUUAAUCCCAUACUAGAUACUACUCACUCCUGUAUUAGGUAGAUUGUAGUUAUGUAUCAGUAGAUGCCAUAUUUUGAACCUUGUCAAUUUGCUGUGUACUAUUACUGUGUGUGCUGUGUACUUAAGUUGUAUUUUUUCCUCAUUGAAUCAAUGGCUAAAGUUCGGCCAUAUAUUUAUGCUCCCAAACAAUAUCAAUCUACCUCAAAGUUCACUCAAUAGUAAUGGCAAAGAAUGAAACAUUCAAGGCUAACAAA